AGUAAGGAGUCUCUGGAUGAUAUCCGAUUGACUCUUGAGACGCAUCCAUGUGGAAUAGUGCAAAGAGAACUUCUUGCUUUAUGGACCCAGUUCAGAAGUGACCACCAACGCUAUAGUCUUGGGAAUCUGACUAAAAACGACCCUGUUUGCCAAUCUAUAAGAAAAUUGGAUGGGAAGCUUAUCCCCGCUUCAUAGAAAGUGUUUAAGCCGUUUCUGGACGUAAAACCAGAGGAAGAUGUGAGCCACAAUCACAACUACUUAUACAUACGCAUGAUUUUUGUUUGUAUUUAUUUCUUGUUGAAUUGUUGUAUAGCUACUUUUGAUCGCCAAACUUCUUUUCAGGACAUACAAAAGGAACAAACAUGGAAGGCCAGUUAGUUCGUCGAAUCAAUACCAUAUGUGUACUUUGUGGCUCUCAACUUGGGAGCGAUAUUUGUUAUGCACUUGCAGCGAGCGAACUUGGUAAAAAAUUAGGAGAGAAAAAAAUUAAUUUGGUAUAUGGAGGGGGAAGUCGUGGAUUGAAUGGUUAUGUUUCACAAGCUGUACAUCUUGGAAAUUCAUCUGUGGUAGGUAUAAUGCCAAUCCCUUUAGCUGAACCACAUAUUUCCGGGAUUACACGCGGUCAACUUAUAGAAACGACUUCUAUGUCUGAGCGCAUGGCUUGUAAGAUUUAUCAGUCAGAUGCCUUCAUUGCUUUACCAGGAGGUUUUGGAACACUUGAAGAAAUCUUUUGUAUAAUCUCCUGGGCCAAGAGUAAUCUCCAUACCAAACCUAUUGGACUUUUAAAUGUUAACCAUUUUUUCGAUGGGUUACUCUCUUUUCUUGAUCAGGCUGUGGACCAACAGUUCAUUUCUCGUUCAGCAAGAAAGAUUCUCAUUUCUGCAUCCACCAUUGAUAAGCUGCUAGAGAAAUUACAUGCUUAUGUUCCACAGUACGAUCCUUAUGAGCCUCGGAUAGACUGGUCUAAGGCAAUUAGUAACAAGCGCCAAAGGGGUCCGAUUAAUUUAGAUUUAUCACUGUGAGAAAUGCUCUUUAUUAAGAUGGCUGAGUAAGGAGUACUUUUUGUACUCUUGAGACGCAUCUAGUUAUUGUACAA